AUGAUAAUAAAUUUAUUUUCAUCAUUUGAUCCUACUUCAAACUUUAACUUCUCAUUAAAUUGAUUAAGAACCUUAAUUGGGUUAAGAAUUAUUCCCCCAUUAUUUUGAUUAGUCCCUUCACGAUUUAAUAUUUUUUGAAAUAAAAUUGUUAUAACUUUACAUAAAGAAUUUAAAAUUUUAAUAGGAAAUUAUAAAUCACAAGGAAGAACAUUAAUUUUUAUUUCCUUAUUUUCUAUUAUUUUAUUUAAUAAUUUCUUAGGUCUAUUCCCUUAUAUUUUCACAAGAACAAGACAUAUAACUUUAACAUUAAGAUUAGCUUUACCAUUAUGAGUAAGAUUUAUAAUUUAUGGAUGAUUAAAUAAUACUAUUCACAUAUUAGCUCAUUUAGUUCCUCAAGGAACUCCUCCAAUUCUUAUACCUUUUAUAGUAUGUAUUGAAACUAUUAGAAAUGUAAUUCGACCUGGAACUUUAGCUAUUCGCUUAUCAGCCAAUAUAAUUGCUGGUCAUUUAUUAAUAACCUUAUUAGGUAACACAGGACCUAUAAUAACAAUUACCUUAGUAAAUUUAUUAAUUAUUGUUCAAAUCUUACUUUUAACACUUGAAUCGGCAGUUGCUAUUAUUCAAUCUUAUGUUUUUGCUAUUUUAAGAACUUUAUAUUCUAGUGAAGUAAAUUAA